UCAAACCAAAUGUUUUGAUCUCUAAAUUUAACAAUCUUCUGCUAAUUUUGGGAUAGUCCAUGAAUUUGAAGUACAUAUAUCCCAUGAUAGUCUUAAUCCUCUUCGGGGCGUAAAAAAAAGUAGUAUUUUUUUCAAAAACUUCAAACUUUAAUAAUGGUGUCUUCUCUCUUCAUUCGCCCUCUUGCUCUUGUUCUCUCCCUUGUCCUACUCCUCCCUUCCUCCCUCGUUGAUGGCUCUGCAGAAUCGAACCCAAACCCAAUCUUGACCUACCAUGCCGGUCCUCUCCUCACAGGAAACAUAAACUUGGCCAUCAUAUGGUACGGCAAUGUGGGUCGCAGCCAGAAGGUUGCCAUUAGAAACUUCAUUAAAUCCUUGAAUCUCAACAGCAUAGAUGCAGAUGUCCAGCCACAAGUGUCUACGUGGUGGAAAGUAGUUGAGAGCUACCAGGGGGCAGUGCCAGGGAGCGGCGGAAGUAGCCCACCAAUUAGAGUGAGGGCUUACAAACAAAUGAGCGAUGCUUCUUAUCAGUAUGGCAAAAUCUUGACCGUUGAUUAUCUUCCCCAACUCGUUGAGCAGGUGACUAAAGGAGAUCCCAAUCUUCUUCCUGUAAUCCUCACUGCGAGGGACAUAACCGUGCAAGGGCUUUGCAUGGGAAAAUGUGGACUGCAUGCACUUAUUGAUGGAAAGAAACCCUGCAUCGUAGUUGGGAACCCAGAAACUGAGUGCCCUGGAGCAUGUGCAUGGCCCUUCCACAAGUCCGACAUGGGGCCGCAAGGUGUGGUGUUGCAGCCUCCAAAUGGAAACAUAGGUGCAGACGCCAUGGUGGUCGCCUUCGCAUCGGCUUUGGCUGAGGUCGUCACCAACCCAUUCAACUCUGGCUUCUACCAAGGACGCGAAACAGAUCCAGUUGGCGCUGCAAUGGCUUGCCGUGGAAUCUUCGGAAGCGGAGCAUUCCCUGGAAAUGCUGGCAAGGUCAGGAUUGACCCGAAGACUGGCGGUGCCUUCAAUGCACACGGUAACAAGAACAAAAAGUUCUUGCUUCCGGCUAUUUGGGAUCCCAGAACAUCAACUUGCUGGACCCUCAUGUAGGCUGCUAUGUGCACCUAACAGGGAGAGAGCCCAAAAACAAAAGAUAUACAGUAUAGCAUCGAGAAACUUUCCAGAUUCAAGUUUCAUCAUGUGCUUCUUGUUUUAUUAAUUCUUUGAAUUUUUUGUUUAUAUUCGAUUUUUCCUUUGAUUAAUCAUGCAAAAUUGUUAACUCAAUUAUUGGGAAUGAAUUGAGAUUUUCCUU